UUCCGGACAACAAUUUAGUUGGUGCGGUGGAUAGAACGUUGAAUAGCAAGUGAGAUUUCACAAUAGACACUGAGUUGCCACAGGAACUAAGAUUUACUGCCAGCCAAGGCCAUCGUUAAUAAAAUAAUUGACUCAAUAUGUCAGCGGAGGAGCUGGCGCCAAUUAACGAGCAAGAUCUGAAGGACCUGAAGCAGCGAAUGAAGCUCAUAGCUGACGCAGACCCAAAUCAAUAUCAGAAUGAGUUUUCACUCCGGCGUUAUCUGCGCGCCUUUAAGACUACAGAUGACGCAUUCCAAGCCAUAUUGAAGACGAACAAGUGGCGUGAAUCAUAUGGCGUGGCCAAACUGAACGAAAUGGACCGCAGCCACUUGGAGAACAAGGCACGGGUCUUGCGGCAUCGGGAUUGCGUUGGCCGUCCCGUCAUUUAUAUUCCAGCCAAAAAUCAUAGCUCUUCGGCGCGCGACAUUGACGAGUUGACGCGAUUCAUUGUCUACAUUUUGGAGGAGGCAUGCAAAAAGUGCUUCGAGGAGGUCACAGACCGCCUGUGCAUUGUCUUCGAUCUGGCUGAGUUCAGCACAGCGUGCAUGGACUAUCAGCUGGUGCAGAAUCUUAUCUGGCUGCUCGGCAAACACUAUCCGGAGCGAUUGGGCGUUUGCCUAAUCAUAAAUGCACCUGGCAUCUUCUCGACCGUAUGGCCAGCCAUUCGCAUGCUGCUCGAUGACAACACCGCCAAGAAGGUGAAGUUUGUUAACAGUGAGGUGGAUCUAUGUCAAUAUCUAAUUCCGGAUAUACUUCCGACGGAUAUGUAAAGAAAUGGGGGGCAUUGUUAUAAGUAGUUGUAGGCAUACAUAUCUCUAAAUGAGGCACCUUUGACAUUAUACUGCAACUCGAGACAACGUGUACCUAUUA